AUGAAGCCAAGUACAUUAAAGCCUAUAAAGAGCAUCUCCGCCUUCGCCGGCCGCCGCCAGCGCGGCGUCUGCAUCCUCAGCGCCUCCGGAACCGUGGCCAACGUCACCCUUCGUGGGCCGUCCGGCCACGGCCCGGCCCUCGCCCUACAGGGCCGGUUCGAGAUCCUCUCCCUCUCCGGCUCGUUCCUCCCGCCUCCGGCGCCGCCGGCCGCCUCAGGCCUCAGCGUGUACCUCGCCGGAGCGCAGGGGCAGGUAGUGGGGGGAGCCGUCGUGGGCCCACUGCUUGCAUCCGGCCCGGUCGUCAUCAUGGCUGCGUCGUUCGGGAACGCGGCGUACGAGCGUCUGCCGCUCGAGGAGGAGGAGGUGCAGCCGCCGCCGCCGCCGGGGUCGGGAGGAGUCCCGAUGGGGGACCCGUUUCAGGGGGGCCCGCAGAGUAUGAUGCCGGGCGAGGGAUACUGGGCCGGCGGGCCGGGCCGCCCGAGUUUUUAA